CGCGCGAGAAAGCGCCCGGUCGCGCCGAGGCUCGAGCGGCCGUCGCCAUUUUGUAGGGUUCUCUCUGACGCGGGACCCGCCGCCACCACCGGCACCACCCGGAGGCUCUUGUCAGAAUGGUGAAGCUGUUCAUCGGAAAUCUGCCCCGGGAGGCCACAGAGCAGGAGAUCCGCUCACUCUUCGAGCAGUACGGGAAGGUGCUGGAAUGUGACAUCAUUAAGAACUAUGGCUUUGUGCACAUAGAGGACAAGACGGCCGCUGAGGAUGCCAUACGCAACCUGCACCACUACAAACUGCACGGAGUGAACAUCAAUGUGGAAGCCAGCAAGAAUAAGAGCAAAGCUUCAACCAAAUUACAUGUGGGCAACAUCAGUCCCACUUGUACCAACCAAGAGCUUCGGGCCAAGUUUGAGGAGUACGGCCCAGUCAUCGAAUGUGACAUCGUGAAAGAUUAUGCCUUUGUACACAUGGAGCGGGCAGAAGAUGCGGUGGAGGCCAUCAGGGGCCUUGACAACACAGAGUUUCAAGGCAAACGAAUGCAUGUACAGUUGUCAACUAGCCGGCUUCGGACUGCCCCUGGGAUGGGAGACCAGAGUGGUUGCUAUCGGUGUGGUAAAGAAGGACACUGGUCCAAAGAGUGCCCAGUAGACCGUACAGGGCGUGUGGCAGACUUUACUGAACAGUACAAUGAACAAUAUGGAGCAGUGCGCACGCCUUAUACUAUGGGUUAUGGGGAGUCCAUGUAUUACAACGAUGCCUAUGGAGCACUCGACUACUAUAAGCGCUACCGCGUCAGAUCUUAUGAAGCUGUGGCAGCGGCAGCUGCAGCUUCCGCAUACAAUUAUGCAGAGCAGACCAUGUCUCAUCUUCCUCAAGUCCAGAGCUCAGCUGUACCCAGUCACCUCAACUCCACUUCUGUUGAUCCUUAUGACAGACAUCUAUUGCAGAACUCUGGCUCUGCUGCCACCUCAGCUGCAAUGGCUGCUGCUGCUUCCUCUUCCUAUUAUGGAAGGGACAGGAGCCCACUACGUCGGAAUGCAGCUGUGCUCCCCACAGUUGGAGAGGGCUACGGUUAUGGGCCAGAGAGUGAGAUGUCUCAGGCUUCAGCAGCAACACGGAAUUCUCUGUAUGACAUGGCCCGGUAUGAGCGGGAGCAGUAUGUGGACCGAGCACGGUACUCAGCCUUUUAAAAACUGGAGGUAGGAUAAUUGCGGACUGAACCCUCGGGCUGCGGUCAUAUAUGAGAACUUGGUCCUCGCGGUCCCCUUUGCCAGGAUGUUCCCAUUGCUUCAUGUUUCAGUAAACAAAGGAAUUUGUGACCAACUAUGUUUUCUUUCUUAAUUUAAUUCUUCUAAGUUGACUUUCCUUUCCUCGAUGCUAGUUGUCUGUAGCUUUUCACUCUGUUCCUUAUAUUCUCAGCCUCUGAACAGCCCUAGGUAAGGAUUAUGCUGGCAUCCCCCCUUUUCCUGUACAGUGGAAGCCCCUCUUAAUCUUACUUUCCUUAGGAGUUGAGCCCUUCUCCCUGCCUUCCUGCAGCAUCUUCUUUCCCUUUAAAAUGACCAUGUAGUGGCAAGCAGCCUUUAACUCUUCUGUUAGUUCUGGACUCUUUAACAUUGAAGCUAGUCUUCUGAAGUUGCUAGGACCAUUGGGAUUUUGUUCUUGUUUUGGUUUGAUUUUGUUUUGUUUUCGGUUUUGUCUGACCUGUGAUCGUGGUACAGCAUUUGCUGAAAUUUAGCCUUGUUUUAUUCCACUCCCCCAUAUUUUUUUUGAAAAAAAAAAAAUAAAUGUUUCUAACACUUAA